AUGUUCAAUGAUCAACGAUAUUUACAAACUAUAACAACACUUUCAAAUUCCACACUUCAACUAACUCAACCAUCACAGAUUCUCUUAGAAGAAGACCAAACACAUCAAACAUCAUCAUCAUCACCACGUGUAACAGAUCUAGAAAGCGCAAUCAAUUCAGAUAGUAAUUUACAUAAUAGAAAUUGCAAUAAAAUCAAUAACAACAUUACUAAACUCUCUUUAAUACCGACACAUUUGAAUAAUUCAAUCAAUAAUACAAACAAAUUAUGGUUCAUUCAACAUACUACUAACAAUUCACUGAUCAAUCCCACAGUAAAACGUCAUUUUAAACGUCGUGUAGCUAAUUAUCAUUGUAAUCAACGACCGAUUUGUUUGAAAAAUGCGGAACAUUUAAAGCAUUCAUGUUAUUCAUUAGAUACUAAGUCGGAUGUUUUUUUAAACAAUAAACAGGAAUAUGAUUCACGUAGUGCACCAUGUACAUUGAUAUCAACGAAAUGUAUUGAAGCGCAAAAUGAAAAAAUGAAAAUCACUAAUGACGAUGUCGAUGAGGAUGAUAACGAUGAAGGAGAAGAAGAAGAUGGAGGAGGAGGAGGAGGAGACGUGAUUAAUUAUCAACCAUUACAAUUAAUAUUACCAACCUCAUUAUCUUCUAUCAAUGUUAAUGAUAUGCAUUGUUUACAUGGGAAAUCGUUUGUUAAUCGUCUGAUGGAUGAAAAUAUUAUCUUGGCUAAUAAUAAACCAGUACAAAUAACAACAGGUCAUUAUCAUCAUCAAUCCAUGUCAAAUGAACAUCAAACUAGUUUGUUGACAACAUCAAGUGAAUAUGUUUGUUCUUCAUUAGAAAAUCAACCUAUUCCCAUUAUGCAUGAUGAUCAUCAAAAUAAUUUCCCAAUUCGUUCAUGUUCAUUUUUUCAAUUACGUCGAUUAGAUUCAUUGAGUUCCACUGGAUCACAUUCAAAACCGGAUAUAGAUCAAUUAUAUGCUAUGAAUGGUUCAUUAGAUCAACUAGCAGCUAAUCGUGCAGCAUCUUCACCAGCAUCCAUAUGUGGAAAUAAUCCUCCUCAUCCUCAUCCCCAUCAUCAUCCUCUUUUUUAUCAACAUCAACAUUGUAUGGAAGAUCAGUAUAAUAAAAUGAAUUUGAAUUGUAAAAAUUAUGCUUGUAAUAAUAAUAGUAAUAGUAGUAGUAGUAUGAAAAAUCGACGUAGUAAAUGUGAGAAAUUUUGGAAUCCUGAGAAACAUGUUUGUAUUAGAUCGUAUUCUGCUGUAAGGCAUCCAAAUGAAUUGAAUACACGAGUGUUUCGUUCACCACUUGAUGUACUUUCACCAUGUAAAGGAAAACUUCGGCUGAGUAUCGAAUAUCAAAAUUAUUCAAUCAAAUUGCAUGUAAUUGAAGCUAAAGGACUUCGUACUGUCAAUAAUCAAAAUUGUAACUCUUUUGUAAAAAUAAGUAUCUCGCCAGAAAAAGGUGUUACAUUUGAACAAACUACUGAAAUAUUUGAAAAUUCCGCAGCACCAUAUUAUAAUAAAGAAUUUUUAUUAAAUUUAAAUAAAAUAAAAUAUAGUAAAAGAAUUCAUCUUGCAAUCUAUGCUCAAUCAACUAAAGAUUUGGAAUGUGAAUUUCUUGGUGGAAUGUCGUUUGGAAUUCCUAGUAUUCAGAAUAAAAAACAUAUUUCUGGUUGGUAUUAUUUAUUAGAUGAAAAAAUGUAUAGAAAAAAACAUUUGAAAACUGCUUUAGAUCCUAUGACUAAUAUAGAAAGUAGUUUAUGCACAACCAAUGAAUUCAUUGUAACAGAUAGAUUGAAACCGACAUCUUUCAAUGAAUUGGUGACAUCUAGCACAACACCUCCAACAACAACAACAACAACAAAUCACCAACUCCCUAGCCAUCAAACAGUACUGAUGAUUAAUGAACAUGUUCCUCCUAAUACAAGUACGAAUGUAAUGCAUCCUAAUGUAAAUUGUAGUAAUAUUGAAAAUAAUAAUAAUAAUAGUAAUAAUAAUAAUAAUAGUAAUCAUAAUCAUCACAAUAUGAAUGAAUAUUCUUCGAAAGAAUUCAGUCCAAUAUUAACACCUGCUAAUUUAAUGAUUUAUUCGCAACAGUUACCAUCAAACACCAUGUUAUCUUAUCCAAUGAUUAAUUCCCCAGUGAUUAAUUCCUAUUUACCUGGACAAUUAUCAUCACCAAUUCCACCGACACCCGUAAAUAAUAUGUCAACAAUGAAUACUAAUAAAGCUUUAAGUAAUAUGAGAAUAUUUCAAUUUCUUAUUCAAAAAGGUUCUAAAGGUUAUGGAUUCACUUUGUGUGGUAAUUGUCCAGUUUAUGUUAGCCAUGUGGAACCCGGUUCCCCGGCAAUGCAAUGUGGAAUACAAGCUGGUGAUUUUAUUGUCGCCAUUGAUAAUAUAAAUGUAUCACGAUCUACAAGUAACAGUGUUGUCCGAAUGUUCAGAAUGUUUCAACAUCCUGUUCACAUUACUAUAUCACGUCCUAUUCUCAUAAAAUCCAAUCUAUCCACUUCAAAUAAUACACAUUCAAUGCAUAAUAAAUCCCUAGGUAAUUUAAUUCAGAAAACUUGUUUUUCAUCAUUAAAAAAAUCCUCGAAAGAAUUCACUAAACUAUUUCAGCCAACAAAUAUGUGCAAAUUGAAUGAUACGGAAGAUUUUCCAACUUAUUCAAAUGAUCAACCUACACAUCAUGAUCAUUCUGUAUUAGUGCCAACUUCAUCAUUGAUUAGCAAUUCAUUGUCAACAUUUUCAUUUAUUGAUCAUUCAACAAACAAUUGUUUAAAUUCAUCAAAUCUAUUGCCAAAUUUCAAUGCGCCAAUUUGUUCAUCACUCAAUUAUUAUUACUAUCAUCAUCAUCAUCACCAUCAUCCAAUACCGAAAUUUCACAUACCACAAUCAAUUUCUGUUGAUCAAACAAUGAAUCAACGAUUUGAGAGUCAAUAUUUAGAUAAUUUACAAAAUAAUUUACAAUUGACUAGUAUUCUCGCUUAUAAUCAAUAUCAACCUUAUCAUGCUCAACCACCACAACCACCACAACAAUAGCAACAACCUCCACCAAUGAAUAAUGCAACAUGUCAAGAAAAUUGUACAAAGUUUAAUUAAAACCAGCGAAUACUGCAACAUAUGACGGAAUUCAGAAGUACGAAAACUGUACAUUUUGAAGAUUCAGAUACUCGCAAGUGGCUCGUUCGAAUACAAAGACAUUUGGCUUACAGUGGCAGCCGGUGACGCGAUGGCACACGGAUUUUUAACAGCUAGUUAUUUUCUAUUUAUUAUUUAACUACUUACAAUUUAUUAAGUAGCUUACUUUAUUUGAGAAAAAA